AUGGGAAGUGUUGGGCCAGGGACAGGCAAAGUCGCGAUUGUGACGGGGGCGGCGUCGGGGAUGGGCACGGAUCUCGCUCGCGACUUACUCAAGCAAGGCUGGAAGGUCGGCUGCCUUGACCUGAAUGAGGCGGCGGGCCAGAAGCUCGUCUCUGACUACGGCGACCAAGCACUAUUUGUGAAAUGCAAUGUCGGAGAUUAUGACAGCCAGGGCAACGCAUUCGCCGCUGUGUUUGACAAAUGGGGCAGAAUUGAUGCCCUCUUAGCCAAUGCUGGCAUUGUCGAUCGCAGCUCGGUUUAUAUCCUCGGACAUCGAAACAGCAAAGCCCUCCCACCGGCGCCGGACGUCUCCACAACGACUGUCGAUUAUCUCGGCGUGGUGUAUGGCACACAGCUCGCAAUUCAUUUCAUGCGCCAGAAUCCAACUCCGGGAGGACAGAUCGUGGCGACAGCAAGUAUAGCGGCGGUCCAUCCGCACAGCACCUAUCCAGAGUAUUGUGGCGCAAAAGCUGCAGUCCUGCAAUUCUGUCGAACUGUCGCACCAGUCAUCAAGGACAAGGACAAUAUCUCCAUCAACGUCGUAUUGCCAGGAAUUGUAGACACGCCAAUCGUCCCUCAAGAAAUGAAAGAUGCAGUGAGCCCGGAUUGCAUGACGCCCUCGGCGACGAUUGUGCGUGCGUACAACAUGUUCCUUGAUGAUAAGUCGCGUACAGGACAGGUUGCUGAGUGUUCUGUGGACAAGGUUCUCCUGCUAGAAGAUCCGCCACUGGCAAAUGGACGUUACACGAAACGUGCGUGUACCGUCUGGGACCCGCUCUUCAAAAUGAUGCAUGGCGAGAACUCAGGACUAGGAGAGGCCAUUCCAUAG